CGUCUUAAGCCAAGGCAAAAAAAAUAGUUACACAUAUUUGUGGACCAUUCAGAUAUUAGGACAAUUUUUUUUAAAAAAAUACAAUUUGGACAACACAGCGACUUGAUAUUUGUAAAAACAAAUAUAAAAGAGAGCUGAAAAAGUAUCGAUUUGACCAGACACCGAUACCAUAAAGACAGAUCUUUAGGGUCGAUACGCCCACCGCUGACGCAGCUCCAUCGUGUCACCACUUUGAGACGAGAAGGUCUCGCAAGACCACAAACAACAUGAAGUUUUUUGUGUUGCUGCUUUUUCUGGGUUUCUCAUCAGCAGCAAAACACUCUCUCAAAUACUUCCUCACCGCAACGUCGGGAAUGAAAAACUUCCCAGAGUUUGUGGGCGUGGCCACGGUGGAUGACGUCCAGGUGGGCUACUGUGACAGCAACAUCCAGACUGCGGAGCCCAAACAGGACUGGAUAAAGAAACUGAUCCAGGCUGAGCCGUAUCACCUGCACUGGUACAAGUUAAAGUGCUCCGGCAACCAGCAGGUCUUCAGAGCCAAACUGGAGGAUUUUAGUCGACGCUUAAACCAAUCUGGAGGCAGUCACAUCUUGCAGAGAAUGAACGGCUGUGAAAUAGACGACGAGACCGGAGAAGUGACGGGCUUCAAUCAGUACGGUUACGACGGCGAAGACUUCAUUGCGUUAAACCUGCAGACUUUGACCUGGACUGCCCCGAAACCGCAAGCUUUCACCACCAAACUCCUUUGGGACACAGAGACGGCCCGACUUGAAUACAACAGGAACUACUACAUUUAUAGGUGCCCCGAGUGGCUGAAGAAAUACCUCCACUAUGGGAAGAGUGUCCUAAAGAGAAAAGAACUUCCCUUGGUGUCUCUCCUCCAGAAGACUCCCACAUCCCCAGUCUGCUGCCAUGCCACCGGUUUCUAUCCCGACCUGGCCAUGCUGUUCUGGAGGAGAAACGGCGAAGAGGUCCACAAGCAUGUGGAACACGGUGAGAUCCUCCCCAACCACGACGGAACUUUCCAGAUGAGCGUCAACAUUAACAUGUUGUCCGUCCCGGACGCUGAGUGGGGGGAGUACGAGUGCGUGUUUACAUUAGAUGGCGUCAAGGACCAGAUGGUCAUCAAACUGAACAAAACUGAGAUCCAAACCAACUGGGUUCCUCCACCAAAGUUUCCCACUGGUCCCGUGGCUGGAGGUGUGGUGGGGCUGUUGCUCCUUCUGGCAGCCGCCAUGGCUGGACUUUACCUUUGGAGAAGAAAAUAUAGCGGAUUCCAGCUCUCUAACAUGUGUCCUAGGCCUGAUCCAGGCCUCUUCCCGGCUGAACAUGCCCGAAACACCCCACCAGGGAGACGUCCAGGAGGCAUACGGAGUAGAUGCCCGAGCCAUCUCAGCUGGCUCCUCUAGACGUGAAGGAGCAGUAGCUCUACUCUUAGUCUCUCCCACAUGACCGAGCUCCUCACCCUAUCUUUGAGGGUGAUCCCAGACAUCCUGCGGAGACAACUCAUUUCUGUGGUUAAGAGGGGAGGAGUAUAUUUACAGCUGUUAGGUGUGCAGUUGUGCGCUGCACUCUCUAAAAGCCGUAGUUGUUAUUGUCACAUAUGCAUUAUUGAGUGAUUGAUUGAAACUUUUAUUAGUAGAUUGCACAGUUCAGUACAUAUUGCGUACAAAUGGCCACUAAAUGGUAACACCCGAAUAAGUUUUGCAAUUUGUUUAAGUCAGGGUCCACGUUAAUCAAUUCAUGGUACAAAUAUAUACUAUCAGCAUAAUACAGUUAUCACACAAGCUAAUCAUCAUAGUAUAUACAUUGAAUUAUUUACAUUAUUCACAAUCCGGGGGGUGGGAUGAGGAGCUUUGGUUGAUAUCAGUACUUCAGUCAUCAACAAUUGCAUCAACAGAGAAAUGGACAUUGAAACAGGGUAGUUCUUACUUAGUAGGAUAAGUACAGCGAGCAGAGAACAUAGUGAGUUCAGAUUGCAUAAGAACAAGUAUAUAGUGUACAUUAGAAAUACAUUCGAAUAUAAAUCAGGUUAUUUACAAUCCGGGGAGAUGGGAUGUGAAUGGAGGAGGGUAUUAGUAAAGGGUUGAAGUUGCCUGGCGGUGUUGUGGUGCAUGUACAGUAGAUGGCAGUAUUGUCCCUUUUAAGAGUGUCACAACAUUGCUGUUUACGGCAGACAAACUGCUUUACGGUAGACAAAAACGUGACUGCUGUUGUUGUGUGUUGUUUUACCGCGCUGGGAGGACGUUAAUGAAACUGCCUAAAGAAACCAAGAACUCGCCCUCGAUCAUUCUACAGUUAAAACGUCACUGGGCGGACACGCUGUUUAUAUUGUGGGAAAGCGGACGUGAAAACAGGCUGUCCUCACUCAGGUCCGCACGGAGCGUGGCCUCCAGCUCCACCUGAAUUUCGGGAGAUUUUCGGGAGAAAAUUUGUCCCGGGAGGUUUUCGGGAGAGGCCCUGAAUUUCGGUAGUCUCCCGGAAAAUCCGGGAGGGUUGGCAAGUAUGCUUGAGUGUGACGUGUACUGACAGUGCAAAGCAUUUUUCUUACUUCUUAUCCUUCAUUGGAGACACAGUCAUGGGCUGUGUUUCAAAUCGCACACAUCCGAUGUCAGCAAAAAAAAAAAAAAAAAGAAUCGGCUGACAUUGACUUGCACGUAACAACUCCGAUAAAAGCUCUAAUACAACCGGUCCGGCAGUGUGUUGACUUUUGCAAAGCUGGACAGCCAGUUAACAUCCCAAUGUCCUCCAAUAAGCACACAAGGUGGGUAUUUUUGUAUAUUUGUGUUGUUAUUUAUAAAAGGUAAACAUGAUAGGGUGUAGUCUACUUGGAGCGAACAGCUACGCAACAGCUAAGCACAAGACAUCCAGGUACUGACAGUCCACUGCAUUUGGCUGUACUCAGUGUGAACGCACUUAUGCACUCAGAAGGAAAGUAAGUACAGAAGUGCUUGAAUUGAGACAUGGUUGUUUGUCAUCUCUCC